AAUCAUUCUCUUCGAGACAACAGAAAUACGCCGUGAUCGUCGCUGUUUUUUCCUCAGCAGCCAGCAGAACUAGAAGUCCACGCGUUUUCAGCAGUAUUAAUCUGCCAUGGUCUUGAACAAGUCAAAAUGGGACCACAAGGCCAAAAUCCAGUACUUGAGAAAACAUAAUCUCACACGGCCAAAACCCACAGCGAACGUCAACAGGCCGAAAUGGUCAGCCAAAAAAUCGCAGGGAUCCCAGGGCACGGCGUGGCUUGACGAAGAAGACGAUAGCGACUGGGACCUGGAAGACGAGGCGUUCUUGAACCAUUUCUACCCACAAAUAUCGGAAGACCAUCUUUCGGUGGAAAACAAGCAGAAGCUCAAGCGGCAAAUCAUCAAGAUCGUGAAAGCUCGUGAGAAUGGCGAGCCUGAAGUCCAGGAGCAUGCUUCUGAUGAAGAAGAUGGCAUCUACUUGGGUGCAAGACCGGUGCUUCACGAGGCAGAGUCAUUUCCUGAAGACGAAGAAGACGCUGAGUCCGGCGAAGAAUACCUGCUUGAGAUCGCCGAUUUGGAAACCAAGCUCAGUGAAUUCGUGGUGUCCGACAUGGGCAAGCUGGGUAAUCGCAAAAUGCUCAAAAACAAGAUCCUGGACAAUCUCUUGGACGAGUAUGGCCUAGACAGCUACGCCAGCACCGUCAAAACCACCGAUUACAACAACUCGGCCAAGCUGCAGUUCCGCAACGUGGACCGUUUGACUGCUGCCGACUUGCAUGGCUUCCGAAUCGGGGGUCCGAAAAACGAGCCUAAACAACCGAGUGUACAGGCACUAGAUGCGACAGAACUCGAGGCACAUCGUGCCAGGGCCGAAAAGCUCCGGCACGUGAAGUUCCAUGACCAGAUCAAAAAGAAAUUCGGCGACGAGCCGGCGAAAAAAACCCGCGUGCUUGAGAUCAACAACUUCAAUGCCAACGAUGAGAUGCAAAUGGCGGCGUUGAAUUCCAGACUCACGCUGGACAACGGGGCACUGCAUCGAGCAACAAGCAUGGAUGAAGACUUGGACGUGCUUCUUGGCUUGGAAAGUGGGGGCCAGACGCAACAGCCUCCGCUGGAGUCCUUGGACUUUUUGCAAGACACUCUACCUUGGGCGGGAUCCCUGAAACGAGAACCCGCAAGAAAAGAGACGAAAAAAAAAGAGUCACACACUGACUCGUUUUUGGACGAUCUUUUGGGGAUCUGAGGAUCGCAUGUGGGAUGUCUAAAUCAGGGACCACAGCCAAGUAGAUGGCAAAACAGCAGAUCCGCCUAAGAGCGGUGGAAAGUUUGACGGAACA